CUUAAUUCAAUGUCAAGGUCAGCUCAAGGGCAGCUGGGUGCAUGAAUAUCGUUCUAGACGUUUAGUUAUUUACAUUGUUCCUUAUUUGGAAUAUAUGAAGGACGGGUAAAAUGACUGGAGUUAGCUUAAUGAAUUCUUGGGUUGAAGUAAACAAUGACUUCAAAAAGACUGCCAACACUACACAGUUGAUGGAUGACGAUCCAGAAAUUUUCGGUACUUUAUCAGCUAUAUUUAUACAACAAAAACUAUUUUUCUCUUUUUGUAGAUGGAUCUAGUCUCUAUUCUCAUUUUUGUAAUGUUUGGCAAAAUUCUCAGACAUCUUUAUCAGAAAUCCCUGUACAGUAUAGAGAUGCUUGCUAUAAAACUGUCCAAAGAUUACCUAAGAUAUUUACAAAACUCUCUCAUCGUAGAGGAUUACCUAAUAUUCGUAGUGUAACAGAAAUGAUCAAUUUGGAAAGAAAUACCUGGAGUCUUAUUUCCAGUAUUUAUUUAGACCGUUUUCAAUCUGAAAUGAAGACUGGAACAACUGAAAGCAGUGAUCUAUCUAAUUUUAAUCAUUCAGAAAAGGAAAUAAUCCGGCUACUGUAUGAAAAGGAUAGUGAACUACGUGAAACACAGAUAUUGAUUGAUUGGCUAGAACUGCUGGUUCGUGAACAAAUUGAAGAAGUCGCCGAAAGAUAUGAAUGCCUUUUUAAUCAGACAACAGCUUGGGAGAACACAGCACACCUACUGGAUUAUCUUCCACAAUCAGAACUUACAAAGCGCCGUUUAGUCAAAGAAUUGCAUCCAGAUGUGGUGACGCUUACUGGCAAUGAGCUAGAUCAAAAAGAUCAAAUCGAUAAUGAUCGUUAUGUGAAUUAUUUAUUUCUAUGCCUUCGUGGUGGAGAUCUUCAUCGUGCUCAACUGUUGUGUACACAACGUCAUGAAUAUUGGCGAGCUAUUUCACUGGAAGGUUGGCGUCCAUUUCAUUAUUCCGGAUUUAUUGAAAGUGAAUCCAAGGAAAUGGAGAAGGCAUUUAAUGAAGAUGAAGAACUCGGUGAAUGUGGACCAUUUUAUAUGCAGUUAACUGUUGAAGGCAAUCCAACAAGAAUUUUGUAUAAAUCUGUAUGUUGGUGGAAUUCUGAAAAUCUUGAAAAUCUAGCUGCUAACCAAAUCAUCGCUUUAUACAACCAACACGAGUAUCGCUCAGUGUUUUCCGUUACCCUUCCUACUUGA